GGUCGGGGAGGAGGGACGAUUGUAGAAAAAUCUGACACGCCAGCUCCGCCAGCGACGUAUCGGAGAGGGAGGCAACCGAAACUAAUCAGAAGGGCCGUCCAGCACCUGAACCAUCAAUCGGGUUUACGAGUGAAAGAAAUCAAUCACGACGCAGCCGUUAACCUUCGGAAGACACGCGGAAGUGCACUCCACCGCCAUCCUUUUUUUUAUUUGUAUAUAUUAAUAUCUUUUUUAUUUUUGACUUAUUAGCGGUGGCAACAUGGCUGAAUGUAACGUUAGCAUCGACCAGAAUAAACUACCUGGAGUGAAAGAGGUGUGCCGAGACUUCGCCGUGCUGGAAGACCACUCCCUGGCCUACAACCUCCAAGAACAAGAAAUCGAGAGCCACUUGGCUUCCAACGUCCACAAGAGCCGCCUGGUGCAGAAGGACCUGAUGGUGGCCAAGAAGCUGCAAGAGGAGGAGGAUGAGAGGGCAAAGAUCCAGAGCCAGAAGCAACAUGUUGAAAUCGAGCGGCAAGAUAAUGAGAUCGCACAAGGGAUUCAAGAAGAACUGGUCCGACAGGCAGAGUGGCAGCGACAACAAGAGGAGAAGGAUGCGGCCAUUGCUCGCAAGUUGCAGGAGAAGGAGAUGAAAGAGGAGAGGAAGAGGCAGAAGCAGCUGGAGACGACCGUAGACGAGGUGUACUUUGAGGAUCACGCAGCUGCAAGACCCCUCGAUGUGGACAAACGCACCCGCCACAAAUCAGGUUCCCCUGGCCGCUAUGAUGCGUACUCUCCAGUCAGAUCCCACCGAGAAUACUCUCCAGAUCAUUAUUCAACAGAGCCCAAAAGGAGCAGGUAUCCAAAACUAGACUCUGUAGCACCCCAUAGCCACUCAAGGUAUCCUGAGCACGCCCUAGUGGCAGAAGGGGGGCGUAGCAGGCAAGCAGAUCCAUAUCCAGAGCACCUGCUGCCCCCCAGAGGCAAACACGGGGACAGGUACCCGGAGUAUGAACCUGCACACACGGGCAGAGUCAGGGACCAUGGGGGGAGGGACCAAGAUAGAGUAGUGAGGAGGAAGGAGAGGCCAGCCAGACCACCUCCACCACAGGGUUCAAUAGAAAAAGACAAGGUCUGGGAUAGGGAAAGGCACAGACAUGACAGAGAACGGGGCAGAGGCCAGGACUGGGAGAGACAUGUGGGGAAAGACCACAGGACAGGCAGGGAGGUGGACAGAGACACGGAAAGAUCCAGAGAUCGAGGACGCCAUGUGGACCGAUAUGAAGAGAGAGAACGACAAAGACUCAAAGACAAACAACGAGCGAGAACCAGGAGUAGAGAGAGGGGCAUCGAGGACCACUUUCCGGAACCAGGACACAGCAGAGACUGGCUUAGGGAGAGCAGGACCACGUGGGAGGAGGAGGAAGAUUAUGGCGAGCGCAGAACCAGAAGCCGGCCGCGGGCGCAGUCAAACCCCAACGAGGUCUUUGACGAGUUCAGGGACACGGAAGUACGAGGGGACACCAGGGAACUGUGGAAUCCCAGACAAUGGGAGGAUCCUGGAGCGGAGCGCAGUCAUAGUCAUCCGGGCAGAGAGACAGGUCGUAUUGUGAGCAAAGCGAGCGGGUCAGUUGUAACAGAAGACGAGUAUGGACUGAACGAAGCCACCAAAGGGCUGGUCAAGCUGGAUCUGCGUGAGCAGGAGCUGAAGGACAUGGAGGUGGCCAGAAAACUGCAAGAGGAGGAGAUCAAGGCAAGCAAGAUGCACGGGCGCGCCGCCGCCCAGGUGGCUCAAGAUGAGGAAAUCGCUCGACUCAUGAUGGAACAAGAGAAGAAGGAGUACAGGAAGAAUCGAGAACGGGAGAAGGAGAAAGAAAGGGAGAGGAUGGCAAUGGAAAAGAUGGCAAUGGAGAGGAGGCGGCUAGAGGGAGAACACCGGCCAAAUCCAGAGGAAGUUGUGCGGCCCCGAACGCGAGAGGAGCUGGACUACCAGAGGCAGAAAUACCCCAACAAGCCUUCCAGGCCUCCUCAGCCUCGCGUCCACGACUAUGAGAAUGUGAACUCCGGUUAUGGCUACUCAGACCACCCCGUUGCCUCUCGCCCUCCGACACGACCCGAGGCCGCGUACAGAGGUGCCUAUCACAAGCGGUGACUUUGGAAAAUGCCCAGACAUGCCAUCUGCCCAUCAUCUUGACUUUCCUUCUCCUAUUUUUUUACUCAUUUUCUUUUAAUUAUUUAUUUAUCUCUUUGUUUUCAAUCAAACUCCAAAGCCUUUGGGACAGUCUGAGUA